AUGUCCAGUUUGCAAAGAGUAAUACCCCAGGAGGGUACCCGCCAAGCGGGAGAAUCCCUCCGUACUACCGACUCGUCGGUAGUGCGCAGCCCCUCGUAUUCUGGGGGGGGCACAAACUGCACUGAGAUAAGGUCCGGGAAGGACGGCGUCAAAAAAGGAGCAGGGUCCUUGAAGGACAUAAGUAGGAAGAACGAGUCCGCGAAGGACGUAGUAGCUAUAGGCUCCGUUAAGGACAGUGAAGGGAGAUCGUCCGGAACCGCUCUCGUGUCGGACGAUAGCAUGGCCACAGCUGGGUCGGCCCAUUCGUCGGCCCGCUCUUCGCCGACACGCAGACAGCGAAAAAGAGUACUGACGAUCAGUAGUGACGAGCUUGGAAGCAGUUCCGGCUCUGACGGAGCAGCCUCUACUGGCAAAGGUGGUGUCAUGCCGCAAUCAAAGAGAGGGCGUGGUCGUCUGCCGACCACUGGUCUGACUGUGGACAAACAGACGUGUCUUAAAACUCAGCGCUCUGAGAUAAAGGCCACCGGUAGCAUGAGUAGUAUGCGCGAAGUAAGAAGCGCAAAAGCCACGGAAGGGAGCUCUAAAAAGGAUCCUGAGUGUCGUCUGAAGGAGAGUGCUGCGAUGGCCCUGAAGGUAUGCAGUAAGCCCGGCAACCUGAAGAGUACGUAUCAACGUGCCCUAAAGGAAUUGGCGGUGACAAUAAUGGAGGUCACAGAAGAGCUGGCGAACCGUCCCGCGGCCCAAGAGACGGAAAGGCUGCGAGCGGUAAACGCCGGUCAGCAGGAGGAGAUUUUACAGCUCCGACAGGAGCUGCAGGAGGUACGCAAGGAGCUGGCGCGCAUCUCACGGGCUUUGACGUUGUCCAACCCAGUCGAAACUCCAGCCCCAGCUUCAAGCAACACGACAGAGGACCAGGAGGAGCUACGUGUCCAACGCAUUAUGCGUGCCGUCGGCACCAUGGUUGACGCUCGCUUUGCGAGUCUGGAGAUGCGGCUGCCCCCGGAGCCUCGCAUCAGGCCACCCUUGGCGGCGGAUAGACGGAAGACCUGUGAGAAAUCGCCAGACCCUCCUCUCAUCGUUGAUGCUACGCUGGAAUCAACAUCGGUACAAGCAGCAUUGCCGCCCUCCGCGAAUAAGAAGACACAAGGCCCUAGACGUAAGACCACGGUGCUAGCACCCCUGUCCGAACUGGGUGCCUUCCCUCCGGCUCCAGUUGUUUUAACCGAAAGCUGGUCCACGGUCACCCGUAGGGGUGCUAAGUCAAGGGGGAAGGUCGUGAGAACAGCCGCAGCUGUUCCACCGGAGGAGAAAGCACCGUCUUCAAAGAAGAGGACGAAGAAGCGGCUUCGAGCUCCGCGUUCUCAGGCUGUGGUAUUAAAACUACAGCCAGAAGCCGCAAGCCGCGGCCUUACAUAUCGGUCCGUCCUUGCGGAAGCGAGGGCAAAGAUCGACCUAGAAUCGUUAGGCAUCCCGGUCCAGAGGAUUCGGUCCUCUUUAACUGGUGCCAAGGUCCUGGUGGUAGAUGGAGGCGAUCAAGUGGAGAAGGCUGAUCUCCUGGCGAAUAAGCUGAAAGAAAUUCUGCCCGCGGAGGGCGUCGAAAUCUCCAGGCCAUCGGUGACUGCAGCGAUGCGCAUCAGUGGCCUCGACGACUCGGUGUCGCGUGAGGAGAUCACCGAUGAGCUCGCCAAAAUCGGGGGGUGCCCGUCUGAGAGUAUCAAGGUCGGGGAAAUAAAGUCCGGUCCAGGCGGGAUGGGCCAAGUCUUAGUUCGAUGCCCGGUCUCAACAGCUGCGAAAAUCGCAGCAGUCCCCAAGCUGAGGAUUGCCUGGAGCGUACUCCGCGCUCAUUUGUUGGAGGCCAGGAGGCUGCAGUGCUUUCGGUGCCACGAGCUGGGCCACGUGAGCGCACGUUGCCCGUCGUCAGUUGACCGCAGCCGGGAUUGCUACCGGUGCGGCCAGGCCGGUCACGUGGCCUCUGGCUGCUCGCUGGCGCCGCACUGCACCGUUUGUGUCUCUGCUGGCAGACCGGCGGACCACGUCUCCGGGGGCAAGGCUUGCGCCAAGCCCCCGAGACAGAGACAACGACGGCAGGAUUUCGCCACGCUUGAGAGCGCGCGGAGUCGGCCCGGUAUGGCCUCGGCGACACCGAUGGACGCCCAGUCAUGA